AUUUAAAAAGUCGCGCUACGGUCACACUGGCAAACGCAACGGACAGACAACAAAAACAUAAAUAACGUUAGUUGAGAAUUCUAAAAAUAAUAUAAGGAAAUAAGCAGUAGUUAAUCCAAUUAAAGUGGCUUAAUUAAUUAGUGCUAAAAAAAGAGAGAGUUACAUAAAUGAAAGUGACGUGCGCAAGUCACUCUUUCGCCUUUAUUUUUGUCAAAUCCGAAAACCUGUUUUGGAUGCCCGUGAACUCAUCUACAGCCACCUUGUGACGUCCAUAGCCACAAUUAUUAAUCAUAGAUAAUUAGCUGUGGGAAAAAUGGUCACAACGACGGCGAUUGCGGAUCUUUGCAUCUUCCUGCUGACCUGGAACGUGGGCACCCACUCGCCGAGGACACAGGAGCUGAGUUCGCUGUUGUCCCUGAAUGGGACCACCACCUGUCCGGAUAACCAGCUGCCCGAUAUAUAUGUGAUCGGCUUCCAGGAGGUGAGCACCACGCAGGUGCUGAAGAUCUUCCAGGACGAUCCGUGGGUGCUGAAGAUUGCCAGCACCCUGCAGGAUCACCAGUUCGUCAAGGUGGACUCGAAGCAGCUGCAGGGCAUCCUCAUUACGAUGUUCGCCCAGCACAAGCACAUUCCGCACAUGAAGAACAUCGAGUCGGAGGCCACGCGCACUGGAUUGGGCGGCCUGUGGGGCAACAAGGGAGCCGUAAGCAUCCGGCUCUCCCUCUACGGAACCGGCGUCGUCUUCGUCUGCUCCCACCUGGCCGCACACGAUGAUAAGCUGAAGGAGCGCAUCGAGGAUUACCACCAGAUAGUGGACAAUCACAAGUAUAGUGCCCAGGGAUAUCGCAGCAUCUUCGACCACGACUUUGUCUUCUGGUUCGGGGAUCUCAACUUCCGCCUGUCAGGCGUUAUGUCCGCCUGGGAUGUUCGCACGGAUGUGGAGAACGCGCGUUAUGCCGAUCUUCUCAAGCUGGACCAGUUGAACUUGCUGCGCGAGAAGGGCAACGCUUUCAGUUUGCUGGAGGAGCAGCAGCCCGAUUUUCCGCCCACUUUCAAGUUCAACGAGGGCACCAACGAUUACGACUUGAAGCGACGACCCGCAUGGUGUGAUAGGAUCCUGCAUCGCGUGCAGAGCAACAUUUACCCGGGCAUUACCCUGAGUGCCAACCAGUUGUCUUAUCAGUCCCACAUGGACUACAUGCUCUCUGACCACAGACCCGUAUCGGCCACAUUCAGCUACAAGGUGGAGGCCGCCAAUCAGACCUAUACCGACGAGGAACUCCAUGAAAUGACGCACGGAGCUGCCUCCACUCCAGCCGCUCCAAAUGUUAGUUUAACCUUCGCUUUUGUUGUGCUUGUAGCUGUGUCGUUUACUCAACUUUGAUUUCGCUUCUUUUGUAGUUAUUUAACGCUGAACUAGAGCAAUGGUAGAGCCGCCGUGAUGUCACUUAAUUGUAAAUCUUUUAAACUUGUUGCAUGCUUUAAAAUAUCUAUCUAUAGAGGAGUUGUAGUGUAAUUAAAAGACUUCCUUGCAGAAGGAACCAGCGAAACGUAAAUAAUAUCAAGUACAAUGUGAUGGAAUCUCUGCUAAUUAAGCAAUAAACAAGCAAUUCUCAAGUAGCUUCCAAGUAUAUAAAAAUAUACAUAGUAUCAGUCAAUUAAGAUGAGAUUCUAUUUAUUUGUUUGUGUUAAACAAAUGUAUUUUUGUAGAAAAACCUGUUGAUCGAAUAAAGAAAUCUGUUACCUCUCAAAAUGAA